AAGGAGGGCGCUCUAGUCGGGCCGGGGCCGGAGCCCUGGGCUGUAGCCCUGGGCGGAGCUGGGAAAGUUGAGUUUUAGUUGCAGAGGGUUGGACUCUACGCUGGAGCGCCCGCUGACUGGGACCGUAAAAGGCUGGAGCGGAAAGGGUAGGUGUGGCUCUGUCUGCGUGACCUGAGCCUUCGUCCCAGUCGCUGUAGUCUCCUGCAGCUGCGGCCUGUCAGCCAUGGGCGCCUUUUGGUCUGCCCUGCUGGUUGGAGGCAGUCUGGCCGGGAUGCUUUUCGUUUGGUUGCUGCGGGACGGCCCUGGGGACACGGGGAAUGAGGGGGCCGCGGAGCCUAAGGACGCCCCUCCUGGGGAGACGGCGGGUCCCGGAGGCGAUCAGGGUGGCGGCGAGAGACUGAGUCCUGUACCCUUCGGGCUGGAGCCAGUCACUAAACCAGACCAUCUUCAAGAAAGCAAUGGACGUUUGAUUUCAGAGACCAAAGGCCUUGGUAACCUAGAUAACAUGCAGGAAGCAGCACAGAGACUGCAGAGUCCUUCUGGAGAAGACAGUGACUGUGACAAUUCAAGACAGCAUGUUCCAUCUGGACAGUCUCCAGACACAAAAUCUCUAGCUACCUCUGAAACUGGUCACUGUAGGGAUUACUCUGAUGUUUCAAGUAACGUAAGCCUCGAUCCUAAAGGAGAAUGCGGAUUCCACAAAGGACAAGAGACAUCUGCUAAGGCAGCUACAUGUUUUGCAGAGAAGUUGCCUUCUAGCAACCUGCCAAUGGACAGAACUAAAGAAGUGAGCCAUCCACAGUUGGACAGUUCAGAGCUGGCUAACCAAGACUGGGAAAUGGUGUCUAGGCAUUCAUCUUGGGGAGAUGUUGGUUUGGGUGGUAGCCUUGAGGCUCUUCUGCCAAGCCCAAGCCAGGGAAUGGACUAUGGCAGAAGUGUUCUUGUAGAGUCAAGAGUUCAGGAAGUAGAUGUAAAAACGAAAAAGGUAGUAGAAGUGUUUCCAGAGCCUCAGCAAGUUAGCAUCACGUUCCAGGUCCAUUAUAUCACAAGCACUGGUGAGCAAUUCAUUGCAGUAACUGGAGACCAUGAGAGUCUUGGGAGAUGGAACACUUACAUCCCACUCCAGUAUAGCAAGGAUGGGUUCUGGUCUCAUUCUGUUUCCUUGCCAGCCAAUACAGUGGUGCAGUGGAAGUUUGUGGUGGUAGAGAAUGGGGAGGUUAUCCGCUGGGAAGAAUGCAGCGAUAGAUUCCUAGAGACUGGCCAUGAGGAUAAAGUGGUUCAAGAGUGGUGGGGGAGUCACUGAUUUGGGUUGCAAGGUAUUGGAGAAGCUGUUGCAGAAUGGGAAAGAGGCUAAGGUUGUGGAGCACACUGAAUAGAAUAAAGGAAGUGUGACUCCAAAUUUAGUCAUUAGAGCCGUUUCAAAUUUGCUAGUGGCUUUUGUUUAAUGUGUAGAAAUAAAUAUAUGUAGAUGAUGCUUCCAGUGAACAUGGACUUUUUCCUGUGGCACUCAUGGAUGGAUUUGUGCUGAUCCAUCAUUACUUUAGGGCUUGGUCCUCAUGGCAGGAGUGACUUGGCUAAGCUUCAUGGAGUGUAGAAACUAACCAAUCACACAGGGUUCAAGCUUGAGCCUCUGGGUGAGCCUUAAAUCAAAGGAAUAAAACAUGCCUUAUCCAAAGAUCAUCAUAUUUCCUAUUGGUACAGCUGGAGAAACACUCUUUGUUACCUGCACAUUUUAUAUUUAAAAGUAGUUAACAUUGUGUGGGACUGUGGUCAGAAAAUACCUGGUCCCCAGAUGUGAUUAGCAAGGAUAUGAGGUAAUGCUUUAAGACUCACCCCCCUCCUUUCUUUUUUUGCUAGAUUUUACUGCCAGGUAUGGUUUGAAGGCAGCAAGUAUGUCUUUGUCUUAAUGCUUUAAGGCUGGUGUAGAAAAAAGGGGCCUAAUCAGAGUUAGUCAUCAGGAACGCUCUAUGAGAAAAGAGAACAUGAACUGGGUUAGGGAGUAGGCUGAGUGAGGUGGCCUGAAGAUACCUCUUAGAGGACCAGGAGGUACAGUUACAGCCUAGACUCCAGGGAGGGACCCCCAUCAUUUAUACAUGGGGCCUUUGUAGGACCAUCUCUCCCUACCACCUGCCCCCUCACACCAGAUCUGGGGAUGAUCAGAUAAACUGUCCUAUAGCAGUUAUUUCCAUCCUUCACCCUCUUCCUUCUCCUCUUAUACCAACGGCCAUCUUGGAGAACAAAUUUAUACAGGGCAGUAAUGCAGAAGUACAUCUUUGCUCUGAGAAGAAAUGAACACUCAAACUUUAAGUUAUUAUAAAUGAACAAAUAAUAAAACCUGAAUAUUAAUCUUUAUUAAAUGUCUGAAUUAUUUGCCUAAAUCUUAGUACUGUAACAGCUUGGAUGCAAAAUAAAAUACUAAUAUUUUCCUCCACUAAUAACACUUACAGAAAAGCAAAUAUCAAGAGGCCUAGAGAAUAUAUGAAGAGUCUGUUUUUCUCCUCUCUUUGGAGAAAAAGCUCGGAAUAUAUAUAUUUUUAAACAUUACAUUUGCUUGGAGAGAAAUUCAGCAUGGCUGUACUUGAAAAUUAGUUUUUAUUCUGCUUUAGAUGAAGGUUUACAAAUUUUCUCAUUAAACAAUUCAUACACAUAUUGUUUUGUGACAACCCCACGACAGGUCAACAUUCAACCCUUUUCAGCCUUGGGUUCCCCAUUUCCAGCUUUCCUGCCCUCUCCUGACUUCUUGUCCUUGACCCUGGGCUGGUGUGCCCAUUUGGUCUCAUUUUUGUUUUAUGGGCCUGUUGUUUUUUUUUUUUUAUAGUCUUUGGCUGAAAGGUGAACCUCAGAAGUGACUUCAUUACUCAGCUAUAAGGCUGUCCAGGGGCCAUACUCUUGGGGUUUCUCCAGUUUCUGUCAGAUCA